AUGGAUUAUCCAACAGUACAAAUUACCAUUACCGAUGGAUCAAACUCUAUAUUUGUUUCAAACGAGCAAUCGCAGACCAAUGGUAUGCCUGAUAAGAAUCUACAACUGACAUUCCCACAAUUGGAUAGAAUUAAGAUAAGCGGGUCUGCUAGUUAUUCAGUUGUAGCCGAUCUGACCUUAUCUUUAUUUGACCAACUUCCUACAUGUUGUCCACUGAUCUAUGAUAUUGAGUUUGAAGGUGACCCUACUUUAAAGAAUUUCCCAAAUGGUUUUGGGUCGAUCUCAACGACACUGCAAAGGUGUGCAAUCUACUUUGUUGGUAAACAAUCGAUUAAAUUUCCAAGUCAUCCGACAGUAAGCGAAUUGCAAUUGUUAGGCGAUGAAACCACGACAGAGUUUAUUAUUGAAGACACUGUUUUACUACCUGAUUUAAUGACGCUAGGAUUUGGUCUGUCAAGUGGAAACGCUCUCCAAUCAAUUGGCAACAUUACCGAAAAGUCAUUCCCAGUUCUCACAAUCAUAAAUAGCCAAGGGUCAACGGCAUUGGUUAUGAUAGGUAGUACUAUAUCCUUUGAUCCAAGUCUUGAUAAACUCACACGUCUAAAAACUAUAACAGGAAAUGAUUACGCCUCCACUCAAUACCCAUUCUCGCAAGCGUAUCCACCAAACAUUGUAAAUGUGAAUUACAGAACUGCAUUAUUCACUACGAUUCCUCCUGUUACCCUUCCUUCAACUGCUGCCAACUUAGAUAUAAGUGAUAAUCUAAUUGAAUUGCCAAUUGAUUUUAAUACAAUAUUGAAAAACUCUACUGGCAAUUUGAUUUUAAAUCUUCAAAAUAAUGAUAAACUUGUUGGACCACUCGAUCAAGAAACUGCAUUAUGUAGAUUGAAGACAUUGAAUUUGGCAGGUACUGGUGUCACUUCGCUGCCAGAUUGUUUUUGGUGUUAUCAAAAUGAACCGAUUUUUAGAUUAGGUGCUCCCAUUCCAAUCCCUAUUCCAUUCACUUGUUCGAUCACUUUUGAUGAUACCAAUCUAGCCACUGUAUUCGGAAAGACCAUUAUCAAGGGUAAAAAUCUGGGUUGGGGUGCAAAUGUCGGUGGUAAUACUCUUGUUGCAAUCGUUCCAAAUGAACAAUUACAGGCUACCCUCUCUGGACUUGUCACCGAUUCACCACCACAACCAAUCGAUAUUCAGUUUAGUAAUGACUAUCCAGAAUACAAAUACCAAUUCAAAGUGGUAGAGGCUGGAUUCACUGUAUCAACUACUACAUCUAGUCAACAACCAAAUCAUUUGACAAUCGUCACAGUUACAUUCUUGACAGUAAAUACCUACCUCAGUCAUACUGCAUCGAUAAAUGGAGUAUUGGCAACAACAAUAUCAAAUGUUGGUAUUACCUAUCAAUUUGGUUUCACAAAUCAGCUUUCAACUGGUACUUAUAAUGUUAAUAUUUCAAAUGACUAUUAUUCGUUCAUUGUUCCUAAUGUUCAAUAUACACAAUCAUACCCAAUUGUCGAUAAUUUUAUAUCCGAUGCAAUUGUUAAAUCUGGAUCGACCAUUCAAUUGGAGGGUAAUUUUGGAACAUAUCUUGUCAGCUCAUCAGUCACCAUUCAAAAUAGUAACAGUCAAUACAACUACUCGGUAUGUUCAAUUACCGAGUUUACAACAACUAGAAUAUCGUGUAAGGUAGAGUCACCAAUUUCAAGUGGUCUUGCUACUUUUAAUAUCACUGUCGAUGGAUACUCUAUUCUCAAACAAUAUACUAUUCAAUCAGCUCAACAACAAUGUGAGAGUGAAACUAAUCAUUGUGCCAAUAAUGGUGCUUGUACUCCAGAUGGUAUUUGUGUUUGUAAUAUCAAUCAAGGCGGCUAUUAUAAUAAUUGUUCAAAACAAUCAACUCAAUUCACCAUUCAAUGUCAACUUGAAUCAUCACCAACCAUCUAUGGUCCUGCUUCUGUUCAAUUGAAUGUUGAUGGAUUGUUGUUUGAUAGUAAAACAUAUCUUAUCAGAUUCAUUAAACCAUCGACUGGUGGUUCAACUACUUCAUCAACAACUUCAGUUCCAACUACCUCUACAAGUACAACAGGAGGAGAAACACCCAAAACACCCAAAGAAAUAUGUUCAGAUACCACACAAUAUUGUUUUGGACAUGGAACAUGUGAUGACAAUGGAAUAUGUCAAUGUCAAAGUGGCUUUAAUCCUGUUGAUAAUUGUUUGACUAAAUUUGCAGACAAUACAACCUAUAUUCCCAAUCCAGAAUCACCAUCAACAAAUAUCAGUGUAGAUGGAGUUGAAUUUGGAUUUGAUAUAGUUGCCAUUCAAGAAAUAGGAUUGGACAAUGAAAUUGUCAAGGAACUAUUGACCAAUAGUUGGUUGUCAAAUAUCACCACCAACAGUACAUUUACAGAUGCAGUCUACCAACUAGUAAUCUCCAACACAAGUAUCUUAGCAGACACACAAGUAACAGUCAACAUAACAUUCUCAACACAAUCUCGAAGCAUCACAUUUGGCAACCAACAACUAUUGAUCAAUCCCAAUUCAAUCAAAUUGGCAGUAUCUAUCAAUGGUUGGGAGUAUUCAUCGAAUGUAGCAACACUCAGAGUAGUAUUAAAGACAACAACCAACAACCAACAAUCAAUCGAAUACGAUUGCAAAGAGACAGACAUCUCAUCAUUUUCAUACGAUGACUAUGGAACACUUCAAUACCUCAGAGUACUCAAAGACAAUGUUCAAUUCAAUGGUAGAUUCAUUGACUUUGCAUUAGCAGAUGGUCGAAAAACCUACUCACAAACACUACUCAUCAAUCAAACAUCGAUCAGUGAUGAAGAGUCAGUUUCAAUGAUAGGUAUCACACUACCACAAUGUCAAUCAUGUGUACUCGAUCCAGAUUUCACACCAUUACUUGUUGUCAACGAUAAAGAUGGUCACUGUUCAUCAACCGACCAAAAGUGGAAGAUUAUCGUUGGAUGUGUCGUUGGUGGUAUUGGUUUGGUUGCCAUCGCUGUUGGAUCAGUCAUCUAUUAUCGAAAGAAUAUGCGUACAAAGAGAUAUGACGCAAAGAUGGCGGCUAAAUUAAAGUCAUUCAGUUAG